ACUACAAAUACUGAUCUCCCACUGCCAUCGGCUUCUUCUCGUCGAACCCUAGCUAGCCUCCUUCUCCUCCAUCGAAGCCCAUCCCAAUGGCUUCUAGAAGAAUCCUCUCCUCCCUCGUCCGCUCUGCCUCUCGAAGAUCUUUCUCCAAAUCUGUCAACACUAACCCCCGUCUUCCCUCACCUUCCCCCACGCGCCGCGCUUCUCCCUACGGCUACCUCCUCACUCGCGCAGCUGAGUAUGCCACCUCAGCUGCCGCUGCUUCUGCUCCUGCGCAGUCCCAGCCUCCUGUUUCCCAGAAGGGAGGUGGGAAGAUCACCGAUGAGUUCACUGGAAAGGGUGCGAUCGGUCAAGUGUGUCAGGUGAUUGGUGCCGUCGUUGACGUGCGGUUUGAGGAGGGACUGCCUCCGAUUUUGACGGCGCUGGAGGUGCUUGACAACUCGAUCCGAUUGGUGCUGGAGGUGGCUCAGCACUUGGGUGAGAACACUGUCAGGACAAUUGCUAUGGAUGGGACUGAGGGGCUUGUCAGAGGGCAGCGUGUGCUCAACACUGGAUCUCCUAUCACUGUUCCUGUUGGUAGGGCUACCCUGGGUCGUAUCAUGAAUGUCAUUGGAGAACCUAUUGAUGAGAAAGGCGAAAUCAAAACAGAUCACUUCUUGCCCAUUCACAGGGAGGCUCCUGCCUUUGUUGAGCAAGCAACUGAACAGCAGAUCCUCGUGACUGGUAUCAAGGUUGUUGAUCUCCUUGCACCAUACCAAAGAGGAGGAAAGAUUGGGCUUUUUGGUGGUGCUGGUGUGGGGAAAACUGUGCUUAUUAUGGAACUGAUCAAUAAUGUUGCUAAAGCUCAUGGUGGUUUCUCAGUGUUUGCUGGUGUUGGAGAACGCACUAGAGAGGGUAAUGACUUGUAUAGGGAAAUGAUUGAAAGUGGUGUCAUUAAGCUGGGUGAUAAGCAAGCUGACAGCAAAUGCGCUCUUGUAUAUGGUCAAAUGAAUGAGCCACCUGGUGCUCGUGCUCGUGUUGGUCUUACUGGGCUUACUGUUGCUGAACAUUUCCGUGAUGCUGAGGGGCAAGAUGUGCUUCUCUUCAUUGACAAUAUUUUCCGUUUUACCCAGGCUAACUCAGAAGUGUCUGCUUUGCUUGGUCGUAUCCCAUCUGCUGUUGGUUACCAACCAACCUUGGCUACAGAUCUAGGAGGUCUUCAAGAGCGUAUUACAACCACCAAGAAAGGUUCAAUUACAUCUGUCCAAGCUAUCUAUGUGCCUGCUGAUGACUUGACAGAUCCGGCUCCUGCAACCACCUUUGCUCACUUGGAUGCCACAACUGUGUUGUCACGACAGAUCUCAGAGCUUGGUAUUUAUCCUGCUGUGGAUCCUCUUGAUUCAACAUCUCGUAUGCUCUCCCCUCAUAUUUUGGGUGAGGAGCACUACAAUACUGCUCGUGGUGUGCAGAAGGUUCUUCAAAACUACAAGAACUUGCAAGAUAUCAUUGCCAUUUUGGGAAUGGAUGAGCUCAGUGAAGAUGACAAGUUGACUGUUGCUCGUGCUCGUAAGAUUCAAAGGUUCUUGAGCCAGCCAUUCCAUGUUGCAGAAGUGUUCACGGGUGCCCCUGGCAAGUAUGUUGAGUUGAAGGAGAGCAUUGAUAGCUUCCAGGGUGUGUUGGAUGGAAAAUAUGAUGACCUUCCCGAACAGUCGUUUUACAUGGUUGGAGGCAUUGAUGAGGUCAUUGCCAAGGCUGAUAAGAUUGCCAAGGAAUCAGCUGCUGCUUAAAAAGAUCGAUAUCAGUCAUCUACUCGUUCCGUUCUUGAUAGUUGCGAAAAUCAAUAAUUUAGUAGGUGUUGGCCAUGCCAGCAACAGAAAUGUUCAUUUUUUGAGAACAAUGUACCCGAAUUUUCAGUUUCUGUUUUGAAUGUUACUCGAGUGUUAAAAGAGGAAUAGAACUGGGGCCUGUUCUACCAAGUCUGCUCUUUUUCCUUGUUCUAAAUAAGCAAAAGGGAAGGCGGACGUGUAUAUUUUUCCUUAAUUUUUCACUGCUGACCAUGCAUUUUUUUGCUGGAUUAGCAGGUGUUUUGCUUUAUGCUU